AUGCUGAUUCGAUUUCCAGGCGUUAAACGCAAAGCAGACGACCACUCAAGUCCGAUGGAUAAGAAAAGAUUAAAGAGCUCCCAUAGUUCGUCUCCAGACCCAGGCAAGCAACUAAAAGCAACGAAGACCAAGAUCAAUCCAAUUCCAUUUCCCGAGAAGCCUGCAGUGAUCGAAGAAAGAGAAGGCGAGAUCGAGUUUAGAGUCGUCAACAAUGAUAAUGAGCGCGAAAGCCUGAUUAUAUUGACUGGUCUCAAAUGUAUUUUUCAGAAACAGCUUCCGAAAAUGCCAAAGGAUUACAUCGCGAGACUGGUCUAUGAUCGUACUCAUCUGUCGAUAGCCAUCGUCAAGAAGCCGUUAGAAGUAGUAGGUGGAAUCACCUAUCGUCCGUUCAAAGGGAGACAAUUCGCUGAGAUCGUAUUUUGUGCCAUAUCCUCGGACCAGCAAGUCAAAGGUUAUGGGGCACAUCUCAUGUCCCACUUAAAAGACUACGUUAAAGCCACAUCGGAUGUUAUGCAUUUCCUUACUUAUGCAGACAAUUAUGCUAUCGGUUACUUUAAGAAGCAGGGGUUUACAAAGGAGAUCACAUUGGAGAAAUCAAAGUGGAUGGGAUACAUAAAAGAUUAUGAAGGUGGCACAAUCAUGCAGUGUACUAUGCUACCGAAAGUCCGAUACCUUGAAAUGGGCCGCAUGCUCCUCAAGCAAAAGGAAGCAGUGAAUGCUAAAAUCAGAGCCUUCAGCAAGAGUCAUAUUGUACAUCAACCUCCUAAAGCCUGGGCAAAGGGCCCUCAGAAAAUCGACCCCAUGACGGUUGAGGCAAUUCGUGCUUCUGGAUGGUCCCCAGAUAUGGACGAGCUAGCUCGACAACCACGACACGGACCGAAUUAUAAUGCGCUUCUUCAUCUGCUCAACGACAUGCAAAAUCAUCAAUCUUCCUGGCCAUUUCUUCAACCAGUCAGUCGGGAUGACGUUGCUGACUAUUACGAGGUGAUCAAAGAGCCUAUGGAUCUCGCAACUAUGGAAAUAAAGCUUGAAGCAGACAAUUAUGCGACGCCAGAAGACUUUACACGGGAUGCGAAACUGAUAUUCGACAAUUGCCGAAAGUAUAACAACGAGACCACACCAUAUGCGAAGAGUGCAAAUAAGUUGGAAAAAUACAUGUGGGCGCAGAUAAAAGCCAUUCCAGAGUGGUCUCACUUGGAACCAUGA